UGAAUAAAUGCCUCUGUGUCGCUUCUGACUCCACAUUGUAUUUUCAAGUUUGCGAUCAAGCAGUAUCAUGCCUGAACCAGCAAAGUCCGCGCCUAAGAAGGGCUCCAAGAAGGCCGUCACGAAGACCGCCGGUAAGGGAGGAAAGAAGCGCAAGAGGUCCAGGAAGGAGAGUUACGCUAUCUAUGUCUACAAAGUCCUGAAGCAGGUUCAUCCUGACACCGGCAUCUCUUCCAAGGCGAUGGGCAUCAUGAACUCUUUCGUCAACGACAUCUUCGAGCGCAUCGCCGGUGAGUCGUCUCGUCUCGCUCACUACAACAAGCGCUCCACCAUCACUUCUAGAGAGAUCCAGACCGCUGUGCGUCUGCUGCUGCCCGGAGAGCUGGCCAAACACGCCGUGUCCGAGGGCACCAAGGCCGUCACCAAGUACACCAGCUCCAAGUAGAGAUUCAACCGAGACUCUCAGCGACCCAAAGGCUCUUUUAAGAGCCACCCAUCUUCUCCUUAAAGAGCUCUGGAAGUGAUUUCAUGUUAUUUGCAGUUUUGAUCCUACGAAAAUUUUGAUAUGUGUUGUAACACUUUAGAAUACUGUUCUGUCAUUAAUAACUACACUGG